UUAGACCGCUGGGUACAUCCUACAAAGCCGCUGUUCCUUUGAAAAUGCAUACUAUUAAGUUGUCUUCUGGCUCCACUUCCAAGGCGUCCAGAAACAAAACAAAACUCAAGACCGUGAAACUCGACGCGUCCUCUGAGCCUCCGAACAAGAAACUGAGAACUGUAGGUCUUGCACACAGUCUGCAAAACCACCCUGUGUUUAAUCUGAUAGGAUCUGUACCUCAGCCGCGACCCCAAGAGUCACCCGUGUCAUUGCAACAACCCUCACAUCUGCAGCUGCAGAUCCAAAGGAAGGACGUGAAGGGCAAGGGAAAGCCUGUAGUUUAUCGGGUCGAUGAUAGACUCUGGGUGGAUAAGUAUGAGCCAACAAUUGAGGCUGAUUUGGCAGUGCACAAGCACAAAGUUGAGGAUGUACGGCGAUGGCUCUCGGAGGCCUUUGAAGGAGGGCUGGCUGGGAAGCUGCGAAAAUAUUGCGUAUGUCUUGUCCUUUUGAUUUAUCCAUGACUCAGUCACAUCCUGCGUAUCUCCUAACAGCAGAUUCUGGUCCUCACUGGGCCUGCUGGUACCGCAAAGACAACUACACUACAUGUGUUAGCUCGAGAGAUGGGUUUCGAAAUCGUCAAGUGGCACAACAGUAUGAGUGAACAUGGCCCGAGUACUUUGAUUGAUGAUUUUGGGG